UCAGUAAAGUAGCUUAUAAACGCGAGGGCACCUCUGGGUUACGUCAAAUCAGUGUUUACCCAUCUCACCGGUGUGGGAGCAGCCUUCCAGUGUCCCCCAAAACAACCCCAACUUCCCCAAUGUGGGCCAAGCCCCAGGAUUCUCUGUCGUAUUUAUUCAGCAGAAUCUUGGCUAAACAUCCUUAUGGGUCUAAACAGCCCAGGGAGAGACGGGUCUUUGAAAAGAGAUCUCCCCAGUGAGGAGAAAACCAUGUGACGCUAAGCUCUGCUGGCCCCCACUUAAACUGUGCUAGGCUGUUAGACUUGUUUAUUCAUCGAUGGUGGUUCCUCCGGGAAGCACUGUGGUCCCCGUUCUGUGCUGGGCCUGGAGAUUGCAAUGACCAUUCCUCACCCGGCUUUGCAGCUCUCAGGAUUCUGCCUAAGGUUAGACACCUGUAAAAGAGAAUUCUGAAGUACAUCAUGGAAGGAUUUUUCAUCCUCCUGGAGUCAGCUGCCUCUGCCUGAGCCAUCGUGCGUUUGAGGCAGUGGCAAAAGGGAGGUGGGGGGUGGAGGGAGAGAUCCAAGAGAACAUAGCCAUUUUCAUGAUUUUGAGUGGCUAAGUGCACUCGGCGUGUACUAAGCCGGUAACUGUGCAAGUGUAUUAAGUGAUGUCAUCUUCUCACACCUCUGUGAGGUAGGUACUGUUUGCUGUUCCCAUGUUACAGACAUUGAGGAACAGGAAGGUCGUUUGUCCAGCCACAGGACAAGUAAUGACAAAAGUGGGACUUGAGGCAGGGAGGCCUCAAGGUCUCAGUUCUGUACCACUGUUCCUCUUGGCCUAGCUCAAGAUCGCGUUAUGCCAACAAGCCAUCACUUGAGAACUGUUAGGGCAGGGUGCUAGAGUGAAACGUUGUCAAUCUCAGGUCCAUAAAAACUUGCAAGUUGCUGUUUUGCAUGGUAGUGAAGUGAGACUGCUCCCCAAGAGGACAUGGCCACCUCGUCUGCGGCGGCGGCGGCUGGCGGGGUCAGCAGCAGUUCUGUCGCUGGAUCUGGUUUCAACGUCUCAGACCUCGCCCCACCACGAAAAGCCCUCUUCACUUACCCUAAAGGAGCUGGCGAGAUGUUGGAAGAUAGCUCUGAGAGAUUUCUGUGUGAAUCCGUGUUCAGCUAUCAGGUGGCAUCCACACUUAAGCAGGUGAAACAUGAUCAGCAGGUGGCUCGCAUGGAAAAACUCGCUGGUUUGGUAGAAGAGCUGGAGGCUGACGAGUGGCGCUUCAAACCCAUCGAGCAGCUGCUGGGGUUCACACCAUCCACAGGUUAACGUAGCUGAUGCACAGCGGAGCCAGAGCCAGCAGAAAUCUUGUUCUGGCCGCCACAGCCACACUAGACACUUGCAGCUACGUCGCUGGUCCAUUGACUGCCAUCCACACUUGGUUUCCCUCUGUCUGUCCAUGGACAACAAAUACUGAAAUGUGUGGUCUUGCAGGGGAAACGUCUGUUUAUUUUACAAGGUAUUGAGAGAGUAAGAUAGCUUCAGAAAAGCAGAAGUUUUGGGUUUAAGAAAAUUUUUGACAAGCCAAGUAGGACACAUGCCAGAAAUGACCAACUGAGUGGCUUGUUUGCUGUCAUUGUACAGUGCCUGGAAGUCUUCACCAGUCAAGUCCAUGGUCAGGAGCUGUGGGUUCACGCUAUCUCUGACCUAAAACAGUCUGGCCUAGAUGAAUGUGAUUUCAGCUCAGGACAUGUCCAACUAAGAUUUUUUAAGUGUUCUUUUUUUCCUCCUAGUUUUAGACAUCUAAUCCUAUAGAAUCUGACUUUUUCUAACCUCUUCUACACAUGCCAAUUGCUGGCUAGAGGAAUUGCUUUUUGAACAUUGUAGCACUUACAGAAAUAAACCAGAGAACAAAUCCCUUUAGACACAGAAAUAGAGUGUAUCUCAUUGGUAGAGGCAGGCAAUUCUUUAGCAAAUAAAUCUUUUUGAAAGAGCUCCAAA